AUAAUCAAACAACAGCCUGUCUCAUUUUCUUUUGAUGGUCAUCAGAUGUGCCUGAAUUAUAAGCAGUGAAAAUAGCCCAUUUCUCAGGUUGAAAACUUCUCAACUUCUAUCGGAUGUGGAUGAUAAACAAAUUUGAAAAUUUGUUUUUAUUUGGAUUUUGAUGACAAAUAACAAUGUCCGAAUUGGAGCUCUGCCGGUUUGCUUUCGAAGGUAAAUUUGAAAAACUUAAAGAAAGAAUUGAAAAGGAUAAGUCUUGUUUACUUACUAAAGAUGGGUCUGGAAGGAUACCUCUACAUUGGGCUGCAUCUGGAAGUCAAAAGGAUAUUGUGGACUAUCUUUUGAAAUUAGGAUCUCCAGUCGAUGAACUUGAUGAUUCUAAUUGGACUCCUUUGAUGAUUGCGUCUUCUGUUGGCUCUGCAGAGAUUGUAGCCGUACUUAUAGGCAAGGGAGCUGAUGUUAAUUCUCCAAAUCAGACAGGGCAGACGGCCUUACACUAUGCCGCUUCAAAAAAUAGGGAAAAUAUUGUGAGGAUUCUAUUGGAUAAUGACGCAAACAUAAAUGCUGCCGAUCACAUGGGAAGUACACCCCUGCACCGAGCAGCGUCAAAGGGCAAUCUCAAAAUAAUUAAACUUUUCCUGGACGAGUACCGAAAUAGACUAGAUGUCAAUGCUAGAGAUCGUGUUUGGAAUACACCUCUGCAUUUAGCGUGUGAAGAAGAAAGAAUGGAAGUAGCAAAAUUAUUAAUGGAGGCUGGGGCUGAUCCAGAUACGCUAAAUAAGGAGAAGAAGGAUUGUAUACAGAUGGCCCCUCCGCAAAUGCACUCGACUCUCAGGCGAAUGAGAGACUCUGUAUCAUAAUGUGUUCUUGAAUCACUUCUUUUCAGUUAAUUGUAAUUUUGUAAAUCGUUUCAUACAAAUUAAAUGUAUAUAUAUUUGGUCUGUAA